AUGGCUCGGGUGUUGGAUUUCUCGAUCAGCUUCGAACCAGAGUUUAUUGCCUCUUCCUUGGCACGGAUCUGGAAGCUCGAGGGCGGAAAGUUUGUCCGACGACGGGAUGCCCACAACCAUGCUGUCGAUACUUGUCCGAUCUCCUUGGAGCCCAUGCAGGAUCCAGUGCUCAUGAGCGACGGGCACAUUUACGAGAAGGAUUCGAUUCUGCAGUGGUUGGCAAGUGGAAACAAGUGUUCGCCCUGCACACGAGCCGAACUAACGCACAAGUGGGUCCUGAGACUUCUUCCCUACAUCCAAACUACAGAGCUGCUACUGUCCUCCCAGGGCGAUGGGACACCGACUGAGGCACAAUCAAUUUCGUGCCCUGACAGUAUAUCUGCCGUCAAGCUUUAUGCUGCAAAAUGUGCAGAAGCGCUUGAAACCUGCAUCAACAGUCCCAGAGAUUUGGGCAGAACUUUGCUGUCAGCACAGCCACUCUUUACAGAGCUGGAAGAGACGUCUGCAAGAUUGUUGAGAAGUCUCGAUCAGCUUAGGGAGGCUGCGAAACAAGAGUCCCAGGCUCUGACCGAUGCAGCAGUGCAUAGAAUUCAGCGCUGGGUGCGCCACAACAUGGCCGUUCGGCGCCGCAAGAAGCAAGCUGCCCAGCUUGCAGAACUAUGUAGCAACGCCUUGCUCAAAGGCAAACUGGAAAUUGUUGCCAAAUGCUUUGACCGCACUGAUAUUGACUACCGACAGGUCGUAGCAAAUCUGCGAAUGCAAGGAGACACGUUACGUCAGGAGCUGGACAGUCACCUCACGCCCUUGCAGAAAGCGGCAAGGGCAGGGCUGGUCCAUGCCGCCAGAUUGCUGCUUCGGGCCGGGCUUACCCGUGACGAUAUCAACCUAUUCGUGUCAGACCUCGCAGGGGAAGACGAUGUCGCCUUCUCAAACAGUACAUGCCUACAUCUUGCUGUCCAUCCGAAUCAUGUUAACAUGACGCGAUUCCUUUGUCAGGAGCUGGCCGAUGUCGACAAACCGUGCACCUCAAUCAAUGUUACAGCGCUGGUGCUGGCAGCUCGAUUCGACCAUUGUGAGAUCAUUGAGGAGUUGGUCCGCGCACGUGCGGACAUGGAAAAAGCCACGAAAGACUUUGGCUGCACACCGCUCUUCGAAGCUGUGGGACAGGGCAAGGUUGCUGCCGUGGAGUCACUUUGCAGGCUGCGCGCCCAGAUCAACCGAUCGCAGACAGUUGGUUUCACGCCUCUCUUCCUGAGUGCCAGGACGGGAGUGGAGCAAGUCACGAGCAUUUUGAUCAGGUUGCGUGCAAACCUGGAGAAAGCUGACGUCAACAGCGGAUUUACCCCCCUUUGCGAAGCAGCUCGGCGAGGACACGCGGAAGUGAUUCGCGCCCUAUGUAUAGCUGGAGCCGAAAAAGAUGCCGUGACAAAGUCCGGCUUCUCACCUCUAUUGCUGGCAGCAAGCAACAAUCGCAUCGAAAGCCUGAAGGCAUUAUGUGAUGCUGGUGUGGACAAAGACAAGCUCUAUCGUUUGAAGAUUUGGGAUGCUGCUCCCGGUGAUUUGGAAAUUGGGAGCACCGAGCACACCAUUCUGUCAUGCAUUUUGGGAGAAGCCGCAGUAAGACGCAAAAUGAAAGAGAGCAAAGGGAAGCAGCACAUUACCGUGUGGGACUCUGGGUCGACUUUAUUUGCUUCUGCUUUCCAAAACCAGCCAGAGAUCGUCCAGGCACUCUGCGAGAAAAAAGCGGACAUGGACAGGCCAACCUCAGAAACCCAACUGACGGCCUUGUUCAUUGCAGCAGUCAGAGGCCACGAAGAGGUGGUCCGGACAUUAAUCCAUGCAAGUGCAGACGUUCGGCGCCGUGCCGGAAAGACGCAAAUUACCCCUGCCACAGCGGCGGCACGUGCAGGAAGGGGGAAGGUGGCAAGUUUGUUGGCGGAGCUGGCAGAUGAGGAAGAUUUUGCGGAAUCCUCGGACAAGAAAUUGGAAGUGCACACACUCGAAGAUGUCAUCAGAAGAACCGAGGUCAAGGCCAGUCUCACGCCACUGGAGAUUUGCCACCUUCUGGGCUUCCUCGGGGCCUUCUUGAGUCAGAAUCAACACCAUCUGUUAUCAACGGACUUCAUCAUCUUCCUGAGCAUCUGCGGCGUUCUGUUUUCCAGGACGAUCUCCGGUGGCAUCAGUUGGGGAGAGUUGGCACCGCCACUAAUGCUGGUAAACCCCGUGGUGACUCCGAUCCUGACGUUGUACAUCGCACUCGCAACGUUCUGUGUGCUGAACAUCGUCACUGGUGUCUUUGUGGACCGUUCUGCUGCGAUGGCUUUGCAAGACGAAGAGAACAUGAUGCUGGAAGAGAUACAGAACCGGAAAAGAUGGAUAAAGGAGAUCGAGACCUUGUUUGCAAAGGCAGACACGGACCAAAGCGGCAAUGUUGAGUGGGAAGAGUUUGAGAAUGCUUUGGCAGACCUUCGGGUCCAGCUCUGCUUCAAGAACCUUGGGAUUGACCUCCACAAAGUAAGCUUGGAGCAGAUCUGGCAGCUCAUCGACUUCGACAACAAAGGCUACAUUGAAAUCAGCGAGUUUGCCGACUGCCUGCUGGAAAUGCAUGGCGUUGCGCACAGCAUUGACAUUGCACGCCUGAGGCACGAACAGCAAAGGACGGCACGGAAGCUGGAGCAUGUACUGAGGUGCUGCAGGGCCUUACUCGCCUUGCGAUCCUUGGAGAUUUCACGCGCGCUGGUGAAGGAGUCGCAGUCGAUGAUGUAUCGAUCUCGACCAGCUCGUCCCAGCCGAGCUUCCCACUCGCCUGCCAGCAGGGCUGCAUCUGUGCACAUGAUCAACGUCAAAGAAGGAUCUCCUGCUGCGGAAGCGAUCCAAGUGUAUACUACCCCUUCUGAGAGCUUAUCUGCGCACUGGUUUCUGCACUGCAGCCGACAAAAGCAGGGCACCACUGUCUCCGUGAACCACAGUCAUAAUUCUGAUGGUCGAAGUGCAUAG